AUGGGGGACCAUCGGCAAAGUUCGCUGCUCAGACACCGUACCUCGGAGGUCGAGGGCGGGUCAGAAGGGGGGGGAUAUGACGACACCCUGAACCUCCAGAGCACGGGAUAUGAGACCCUAGGGUCCCAGGAUCCCAAAGACCAGGACUUAAAUAAUGGGGAGCUGGGAUUCGAAGACCAAGAAGAGGAAAUUCCCCCUGAGGAGGUGUCCGAGGAAGAGUUCCUGGAUGCCCAGGACCCAGAAGAGGCCCCCACAGAGUUGAAGAGUAUUCCGAAGAAAGAGGAGGAGGACGAUGUACCGGAGAUGAGCCGGCUGUCCAUCACUCAGAGGUUCCCCGGCACCUCCAUGGUAAGAAGGAGGAAGAAGAGGAGGAGGCUUUCUGAAUUGGCAAAACCCAAGACCAACUGGCAAGUCCUGAAAGACAGGAUGGGGUGCUGCUGUAAGGGCUAUGCCUGGAUCUCCCCAUGCAUGAGGACCUUGCAGUUCUGUGUCUACUGGCCAUCCGUGUACUGGACAGAGAAGUUUCUGGAAGACCCCACUCUCACUGUCACCAUGCCUGCAGUGUCCCGCCGAGUGGAGGAGCUGGCUCAACCUAGAAGGUUCUGCUUGGAUUAUUACAGCAACACUAGGAUUAUCCCCAGGCAUCGCAUUUCUCCGUCUACCUUGGACUACCAAUCACCUAGCCGCCUGAGGGAACUGGCCACCCCGAGGAUCCGGAACAACAUUUGGAGCAUAAACAUGUCUGAAGUGUCCCAAGUGUCCAGGGCAGCCCAGAUUGCCAUCCCCAGUUCGAGGAUCCUCCAGUUGGCAAAGCCCAGGACUCCAGCCACCCUGCUGGAAGAAUGGGACCCCGUGCCAAAACCCAAGCCACGUGUGUCAGACUACAACCGGCUCCUUCACUUGGCCAUGCCCAAGGUCCAAUCAGAGAAGUGUGUUCCUGACCGAAGUGCGCGCUGGGAGGUGCUGGAAGUCACCAAGAAGGCGGUGGCCAGUCCCCGGAUCAUCUCCCUGGCCAAGCCCAAAGUGCGCAAAGACCUCAACGAGGGCUACAACCGGCAUCCCCUCGCUUGUAUGAGCUCGCCACCCCCAAAAGCAUCACCAAAAAAGUUUGAGUGACCCAGGCCUGGCCUCCAAGGCCCCAUUCCCAGUAAACACCCAAGUGCUUCCUAA